UCUCUUCGAUGUCUACUAACAGCCACAAGAAUAAUCAUUCAGUGUAGACUGUGGAAGAUAAAGUGAUGUGAUCGUCGAUGAAUUCAAAUCAGCGAUAAACCAUGCUGUGAACGUAAAAAAGGGGUCACCCAAGAUUCCGGAUACUCUGGAACAUUUUCGCGUGGGCGGAUUAUUUUCGUUUGUAUUAUAGUUUAAUGAGUGAACAGCUGAUCGGGAUAAUCGUGCAAUAUGCCAUCUCCUUUUAAUUGCUUCUUAUUGUCUUUACUUUGGAUAUAUGUCAUUGUUGCGAAAAGCGGUCUCACCGAGAAACUUUAUGAUAGAGCUGAGAAACAAAGAUAUGAUGGGUGGUUCAACAAUAUUGCACAUCCGAAUUGGGGAGCUAAAGACAGUCGCCUCAUCAGAAGAGCCCCUUCCGCAUAUUCUGAUGGAGUUUACAUGCUUGCCGGCCAAAACAGGCCAAGUGCUAGGAAGCUGAGCAGAUUGUUCAUGAGAGGGCUGGAUGGCCUCAGUUCAAUGAUGAAUCGUACCGCUUUAUUGGCAUAUUUCGGCCAGUUGGUCACGAAUGAGAUUGUAAUGUCAAGUGAAAGUGGAUGUCCGAUAGAGAUGCACCAUAUAGAAAUAGAGAAAUGUGACGAUGUGUAUGACAAGGAAUGCAGAGGUGAUAAAUAUAUUCCUUUUCAUAGAGCAAGCUAUGAUAAGAAAACGGGGCAAAGUCCGAAUGCUCCAAGGGAACAAUUGAACCGUGUCACUAGUUGGAUAGAUGGGAGUUUUGUUUAUAGUACAAGUGAACCGUGGGUGAAUACAAUGAGAUCUUUCAAAAAUGGUACAUUUAGAACUGAUGAAAGUGGAUUGAUGCCUAUGAGAAAUUCUAUGAGAGUGCCAUUGUUCAAUAAUCCAAUGCCCCAUAUGAUGAAAACACAAAAUAUGGAAAGGUUGUAUUUAUUGGGUGAUCCUAGAACGAAUCAAAACCCCGCUCUUCUAGCCUUAAGUAUAUUAUUUUUUCGCUGGCAUAAUGUAGUGGCUGGACGUAUUCAAAAACUUCAUCGAACAUGGACAGACGAAGAAAUAUUUCAAGAAACUCGAAGAUACGUCAUAGCAACGAUGCAGAACAUUAUAGUAUAUGAAUACUUGCCAGCUUUCAUUGGUCAAAAGUUACCGAAAUAUGGAGGAUAUAAGCAGGACAUCCAUCCAGGAAUAGCUCAUGUGUUUCAGAGUGCGGCCUUCAGGUUCGGGCAUUCUUUAAUACCUCCAGGAUUGUACAGGAGAGAUAGCCAAUGCAACUACAAGAAAACAUCAAUGGGUCAUCUAGCACUCAGAUUGUGUUCAACAUGGUGGGAUUCUAAUGAAAUUCUGUCGAACAAUUCCUUCGACGAAUUAAUAAUGGGUAUGUCCUCCCAGUUGGCAGAAAAAGAAGAUUCUCUGCUCUGCUCAGAUGUCAGAGAUAAACUUUUCGGACCGAUGGAGUUUUCACGAAGAGAUCUGGGAGCCUUAAACAUAAUGCGAGGCAGAGACAAUGGUUUGCCAGAUUACAAUACUUUAAGGUCACAUUACCGUUUGAAAAGAAUAGAAAAUUGGUCUGAUAUCAAUCCGAAACUCUUCAAAGAAAGACCUGAAAUACUUCAAACUUUAGUGUCUGUAUAUAGUAAUAAUAUUGACAACGUGGAUGUUUAUGUUGGAGGAAUGUUGGAGAGCAUAGGAGGUCCUGGGGAAUUGUUCACAGAAGUGAUAAAGGAGCAAUUCAUGAGGCUCAGAGAUUCUGAUAGAUUUUGGUUCGAGAAUAAGGAGAACGGGCUCUUCACAAAAGAAGAAAUAGAAACUAUACGAAAAAUAACUCUCUGGGAUAUUAUUGUUAAUGCAACAAAUAUAAAGCCUAAUGAUAUUCAACAAAAUGUUUUCUACUGGAAAGAUGGCGAUCCUUGCCCUCAGCCUAUGCAGUUGAAUGCAUCAAUGAUGGAGCCUUGCGUAAUGCACCAUGGAUAUGACUAUUUUGAGAACAACGAAAUAGCAUACAUAUAUUCUUGCAUAUUCCUUCUCUUCGUACCAAUAUUCUGCGCUGGUGCUGGCUAUGGAGUGGUCAAGCUUCAAAAUAGAAGAAGGCGUCGUUUAAGAAUGCAACAAGAAGAAGUAGUAGCACGCAGUGGCAAACUGCCGCUGGAUACUAUGGUCGUUGAAGAAUGGCUCCACGCAAAUCACAAAAGACUAGUCAAGAUCAGAUUUGGUCCAGAGGUUACCAUCAACAUAAUAGGGAGAAAAGGGGAGAAGUUGAGAACUGCUGAUUUCAAAUCGGUUGAUUCCGUACAUGUUGAAGAAUCAGCAGGAAGCUCAUCAAAGAGAAAACCUGUUAUUUUGAUCAAAGUACCCAGAGAUCACGACAUGGUAGUGGAAUUGGACUCUAUUGGUUCGAGAAAAAAGUUUAUGAAUAAACUAGAAAUAUUUCUAUCGUCUAAUAAGAAGAACCUAGUGUGUUCUCAGGUUGCUAGAGAAAUAAUAUUGGCAAAGGCAGAAACGCGGGAAAGAAGGCAGAAAAAAUUGGAACAUUUCUUUCGAGAAGCUUAUGCUCUUACUUUCGGUCUUAGACCAGGUGAACGGAGAAGAAGAUCUACUACUAGUAUUGAUGGGGAAGUAGUUACAGUAAUGCGAACAUCACUCACCAAAGCAGAAUUUGCCAACGCUCUAGGUAUGAAGCCAGAAGCAGUUUUCGUGAAGAAAAUGUUCAAUAUUGUUGAUAAGGAUGGAGAUGGCCGAAUAUCAUUCCAGGAAUUCUUAGAUACAGUGGUUCUAUUUUCUCGAGGAAAAACUGAAGAUAAGCUUCGCAUCAUUUUCGAUAUGUGUGACAAUGAUGGCAAUGGAGUAAUUGACAAGGGUGAAUUGUCAGAAAUGUUGAGGUCUUUGGUAGAAAUAGCACGAACUACUAGUUUAUCAGAUGAUCAUGUUACUGAACUUAUUGAUGGGAUGUUUCAGGAUGCAGGUCUGCAACAUAAAAAUUUCCUCACAUACUCAGAUUUCAAAGAAAUGAUGAAAGAAUAUAAAGGCGAUUUUGUUGCCAUUGGUUUAGAUUGUAAAGGAGCAAAACAAAAUUUCUUAGACACUUCAACUAAUGUAGCAAGAAUGACUAGUUUUCAUAUAGAGCCAUCUACAGAAUCAGAAAGGGGAGCAAUAAGAGCUAAAUGGGAUGGUCUGAUAACAUUUUUAGAAGAGAAUAGGCAAAACAUAUUUUACUUAUUCAUUUUCUAUGUUGUUACAAUAGCUCUCUUCGUAGAAAGAUUUAUUCAUUACUCAUUUAUGGCAGAACAUACAGACCUUCGUCAUAUUAUGGGAGUAGGAAUAGCAGUAACUAGAGGUUCUGCUGCUUCUCUGUCAUUCUGUUAUAGUAUUCUUCUCUUAACGAUGUCGAGAAAUCUUUUGACCAAACUAAAAGAAUUUUCCUUGCAACAAUACAUCCCAUUAGAUGCCCACAUCCAGUUUCAUAAGAUUGCAGCUUGUACUGCUCUAUUCUUCUCACUUUUACACACAGUGGGGCAUAUAAUUAAUUUUUAUCAUAUAUCAACGCAACCUGUAGAAAACUUGAAAUGUCUGACCAACGAAGUCAGAUUUGCAUCUGAUGUAAGACCUGGAAUAACUUUUUGGCUAUUUCAAACUAUAACUGGUGUCACAGGAAUCUUACUCUAUGUUAUCAUGUGUAUCAUAGUGAUAUUCGCUCAUCCAACAAUCAGAAAAAAAGCUUACAACUACUUCUGGUCCACUCACAGCCUGUAUAUAGGGCUUUAUUUGUUAAGUCUCAUUCAUGGUCUGGCAAGAUUAACAGGUCCACCAAGAUUUUGGAUAUUUCUCUUAGUACCUGGGAUCAUUUACAUCCUCGAUAAAAUUGUUAGUUUGAGAACAAGAUAUAUACCACUAGAUGUGAUAGAAACAGAAUUACUACCUUCAGAUGUGAUAAAAGUACUGUUUUAUCGUCCACCUAACUUCAAAUAUUUAUCUGGUCAAUGGGUUCGCCUAGCAUGUAGUGCCUUCAAGAAUAGAGAAUAUCAUUCUUUCACCCUAACUUCUGCACCUCAUGAAAACUUUUUGUCAUGUCACAUCAAAGCUCAAGGUCCUUGGACUUGGAAACUAAGGAACUAUUUCGAUCCUGGAAAUUUCAAACCAGAUGAUCAUCCCAAAAUCCUUCUAGAAGGACCUUUCGGUGGUGGUAACCAGGACUGGUAUAAAUUCGAAGUAGCCGUAAUGGUUGGUGGUGGUAUUGGAGUAACCCCAUACGCAUCCAUACUUAAUGAUCUAGUAUUUGGUACCUCAACCAAUAGAUACUCUGGAGUUUCUUGUAAAAAAGUUUAUUUCUUAUGGAUUUGCCCCUCUCAUAAACAUUUCGAAUGGUUUAUCGAUGUAUUGAGAGAUGUUGAAAGAAAGGAUGUUACAAAUGUUUUAGAAAUCCAUAUUUUUAUCACACAGUUUUUCCACAAAUUCGACCUAAGAACUACUAUGCUGUAUAUAUGUGAGAAUCAUUUCCAAAGACUAUCCAAAACAUCUAUAUUCACUGGCCUGAAAGCAGUCAACCACUUCGGAAGACCAGACAUGACAUCAUUUUUGAAGUUCGUCCAAAAACGGCAUAGCUAUGUGAGCAAAAUUGGAGUAUUCAGUUGUGGACCUAGACCAUUAACGAAAAGUGUCAUGUCCUCCUGCGAUGACGUCAAUAAAGGCAGAAAACUCCCAUAUUUUGUGCAUCAUUUCGAAAACUUUGGUUAAAUAGUUAUCUUCAACUGAUUUAUUGAUUGGUUAACAAGCCUACGAAAAUAUUAUAUACUUAAUGUAAAUAUGUACAUAUAUAAUAAUCAAUUAAUUAUUUAAUGAAAUGAAUGUAUGAACUGAUUGAAUAUAUCACUUUUUAAGAA